GCGUUGGGCUGCACUGCUCAACGCCUUUCAUCCCACCUCUCUCCCCUCUCCUUCCUCUCUUCCAGCUACGAGGCAGAUGCAGACAUGGGGGGUGGUGGCGGAAGUGAGCAAGGGCAGCACAGGGUCGCUGCUGCGCGGCAUGGCAGAUGUGCGCGUGAGCGCUGUGGAGAAUCUCUCCUCCAAUGGGCAGCACUGCUCAACGCCUUUCAUCCACCUCCUCUCCCUCCCCUUCCCCUCUUCCAGCUACGAGGCAGACGCAGACGUGGUGAUGUCAGUCAUAGCUCUUAAACCUUUGCUUCGCGGCUCCAACACAGGAGUAGUUGCAGAGGUAUCAAAGGGCAGCACGGGGUCGCUGCUGCGGGGCAUGGCGGAGGUGCGCGUGAGUGCCGUGGAGAAUCUCUCUGCCAAGCUCUUCGUGCAGUGCUCUAGGCAACCGGGGCUUGUGGAUGUGUACUGCAAGCUGCUUGAUCAUACUGGUGGGUGCGGGUGGAAAUACCACACUGGGGGGGAUAUACAGGAGUGGGGUAGAGGGGUGAAGGGGAGCGCCGUGGAGAAUCUCUCCGCCAAGCUCUUCGUGCAGAAGGGGCACCUCUCCACCGCCAUGGAGAAUCUCUCCGCCAAGCUCUUCGUGCAGUGCUCCCAGCAAUUGGGCCUCGUUGAUGUCUACUGCAAGCUGCUGGACCACACUGGUGCGUUGGGGAUGUGCUCCCAGCAACCGGGGCUCAUUGAUGGGUACUGCAAACUGCUGGACCACACUGAGGGCAUGGCGGAGGUGCGGGGCACCGCCGUGGAGAAUCGCUCCGCCAAGCUCUUCGUGCAGUGCUCCCGGCAACCCGGGCUGGUUGAUGUGUACUGCAAGCUGCUGGACCACACCGGUGCGUGCGGGUGGAGGGACCACACUGGGAGGGGCCCUGCGCUGCACACUGCAACCCUCCCUGCCCCCUCCCCUCUCGCAUCCUCGCACUUUGCUUUUCCCGCUCGCCUCUCCUCUCUCCCCUGCCUUCACUGUCCACCUUCUCUCGUCCCACCACCUCCAUCUCCUCCCUCCUCCACCUCCCCUCUCCCCCGCCUCUUUCAUGUUCCCAUGCAUUACCUUUCCCCGCCUCUUUCAUCUUCUCAUCAUUACCUUUCCCCGUCUCCCCUCUGCCCCUCUCCCCCACCUCGCCUCGCCCCCCCAGACGAGGUGAUCAACGUGAGAAGCUUCCCCUCACUUGCCGGCCUGCCCUACGGCCUUGUGCGCAGGGGCUUCCCCGAGGUGAGUCAUGUGCGCAGGGGCUUCCCAGAGGCGGUGUGCUGUGGCAUAGUGAGGGACGGCAAGGUGCAGUUCCACCCCAAGGACUCCGAGCCGGUGCAGCGCACUGAUAAGCGCUCAAGCACACGCACCGCCAUCCCCACACCAGCGCUCAUGAUGCAAGCAGCGCAGAUCAGGCAGAAGCAGGAGAUCAGCCGAGGGGGGCGGGAGGGGCGCGGGGGCGGUUCGAGUGAGGGGAUGGUGCGGGUGCACAGGGACUCGGCGCUAAAGACAAGAGAUGCCGGCCAGUUCAAGCCCAACGAGCCGGCAGCGAGGGCGGAGCGAAUGGUGAUGCUGGGGUGGCGCACGGGCGUGCCGGACAUGAUCCGCGAGUUUGACGACUACGUGGGGCCGGGCAGCGAGCUGGUCAUUCUGGCGGAGGAGAGCUUGGAGGAGCGGGAGAGGCAGCUUGCAAGGAUGCUCAGGACGCCUCUUCGAAACCUGACAGUCGUGCACAAGGUGCGUGCUGCUGUACAACGUAGGGCAUGUGUCGGCACCGGGCAGCGAGCUGGUCAUUCUGGCGGAGGAGAGCCUGGAGGAGAGGGAGAGGCAGCUUGUGAGAAUGCUCAGGACGCCCCUUCGAAACCUCACCGUGGUGCACAAGUGGUGCAUAAGGUGGGCAGCGCCAUAACCGGCAUGAGCACGGGGGUGGGGAUAUGUGUGAGCAGCGGGCAGCGAGUUGGUCAUUCUGGCAGAGGAGAGACUGGAGGAGCGCGAGAGGCAGCUCGCGAGAAUGCUGCGCACGCCCCUCAGGGACCUCACCGUGGUGCACAAGAUGCGUGCUGGCAGUCAGGUUGCCAGGAUGCUCAGGACGCCCCUUCGAACCUGACAGUCGUGCACAAGGUGCGUGCCAACAUAGGCACAGAUAGAGCGGGCAGCGAGUUGGUCAUUCUGGCGGAGGAGAGCUUGGAGGAGAGGGAGAGGCAGCUUGCCCGCAUGCUGCGCACGCCCCUUCGAAACCUGACCGUCGUGCACAAGGUGCGUACCAACAUCGGCACAGACAGAGCGGGCAGCGAGUGGUCCAUUCUGGCGGAGGAGAGCUUGGAGGAGAGGGAGAGGCAGCUCGCUCACAUGCUCAGGGUGCCCCUCAGGAAUGUUACAGUGGUGCACAAGGUGGGCAACCCCAUGAGCCGCACGGACCUCACAGACGCCAUCCUAGAUCCCGGCAGUGUGUUCCACCCCUUUGUGUCCGCCGGGGGAGACAUGUUUUUUGACAACGUGCCCUUCUCCAUCAUCGUUGCACCAUGCAUGGAUGGGGGGUGGCGUGUUCAACAUCUUCCCUUCAACAACCACAUGCACCAUCCCCUCUUCCCUUCAACAACCACAUGCACCAUCCCCUCUUCCCUUCAACAACCACAUGCACCAUCCCCUCUUCCCUUCAACAACCACAUGCACCAUCCCCUCUUCCCUUCAACAACCACAUGCACCAUCCCCUCUCCCCUGCCCUCCGCCCCUCUCCCAUGCACAAACAGAGCGCACCAAGCCCGACAAGCAGUCGCUGUACUCGCUGCUGCUAGCAGAGUCGAUGUACGAACAUGGGCAUGCAUCCCCUAUCAUCCCAAUGCCUCCGACAACCCCCGUAUCACCACCCCCUCCCCCCCGUCACAUUCACCACCAGAGCGCACCAAGCCGGACAAGCAGUCGCUGUACUCGCUGCUACUGGCAGAGUCGGUGUGCCGUGCCAACAAGAUCAAGGUGCUUCUUCCGAGUGGGGUUGCUGUGCAAUCUCUAAACGUGGAGCUGGAGAACAGCCAGCUGGGCAGGGAAGCCUGUUGUGAGAUGGCCCCGGCGUCCGUUGCCUCUUGCACUCACCCACUGCCCCCGUCCCCCCAUCCUGUCCAUCACGCAGGUGCAUCUCUGAACGCGGAGCUAGAGGACAACCGGCCUGGGCGCGAGGUGGUGGGAAGCCAUCCAUCACUCACCUACAUCGGCACGUCUGACAAUCACGCCAUCAUGCCAUCAUCACGGCAAAUGCUCCCAAUUCACACGCCCCCAUGCGACACCCAUGCUCCCUCCGCUUGCCCCUCCCAGGUGGUGGGCAGCCAUCCAUCACUCACCUACAUCGGCACAUCUGACCUCAUCCCAUCAUGCCACCAUCUUGACCAAUGCUCUCAUACCACAUGCUUCCAUCCUCUUCCAUCUCCCUCCCUUCGCUCCCCCCAGAGCUCAUGCCAUCUGGACAGAGCUGCUCAAACUCAUGGGGAGAUGAAACUCUAUGUCAAGGAUGCGUCCCUGUAUGUGAGUCCAGGGGAGACCCCAACCUUCAACGAGCUGGCGGAGAGAGCGGUGCAGCGGGGAGAGGUGGCGAUCGGGUACCGGUGCGGCGACACCACAGUCAUCAACCCGUGCCCCAAGGACUCCAGGGAGACCCCGACCUUCAACGAGCUGGCGGAGAGGGCGGUGCAGCGCGGGGAGGUGGCGAUCGGGUACCGCGCAACUGCGCGCCGAGUUCCCCCCUCUCUCUCCUCCUCCCGCGCGCCUCCCCCCUUCUGGUCCGGCCGUCGCAGUGACUCUAUCGUCCCUCCCUCGCACCGUCCCCCUCUCCCGUCCCAUGCCCCGCGCGCAGUGACUCUAUCGCGCGUGACUAAGAAGGGGCGCGAGCAGAAGGAGUCGCUAGUGGAGGCGGUGGUGACUCUAACGAGACGACUCAAUCUCAAGCUGCUUUGCUACCCUCCCCUCCCUUCACUUACCCUCUCCCGCAGUGACUCUAUCGCGCUGACUCUAUCGCGCGUGACUAAGAAGGGGCGCGAGCAGAAGGAGUCGCUAGUGGAGGCGGUGCGAGCGGCGGUGGAGGAGUAUUCAGACGUAUACGUGUUUGAAUUUGACAACAUGCGCAACACCAAGCUCAAGGAGCUCAGGGAUGAGCUCAAGGGCGUGUGCAGGUUCUUCCUGGGGGCGAACAAGGUGCUGCAGGUGGCGCUGGGGAGGGACAAGGCCCGGAGCAGAGGGAGGGGCUGCACCGGUGCAGUGAG